UGGGGAAGAGGGACAAGAGCCUAGAAUCUGGAGGGUAGGUAGGGAGAGAGAGAGGAGCAGAUAAAUGUACAAGAACUGUCGAGGCAUCCGUGUCCUGGGUAGACAGUAAUAUGGAAGAGAGAAACCUGGGACAGUGGUCGAUAGGGCAGAUGCUGAAUUAGCUGAAGUCACUCUCAGUGAUGAGGGAACAAUGGGAGUAGUUGCCUAGCCUGGCCCCCUCCCUGUUCACCCAGGAUUGAGGAGCAGAGUGGGAGAAAAUCGGGGACCGCUAAUCUUUCAGCUUUGCAUCAUGUGCUAGCUACCUAUCAGACACCAUCCUUGCAGAAAAGACACAGGGAAUGAGGAGCCAUGAGGGAUCCUGUGAGCAGCCAGUAUAGCUCCUUUCUCUUCUGGAGGAUGCCCAUCCCUGAACUGGACCUGUCUGAGUUGGAAGGCCUAGGUUUGCUGGACAUGGCCAUCUAUAAGACCCCAAACAGCAGCAAUGGGAAACUGACCAAGGAGGAGCCAAGUGGAGCUGAUCAGAAGAGUGGUCCUGAAAGCGAUGCCCUCCAUGAGUUCAGCACUUUCAACUUCUGGAGAGCCCCUAUUGCCAGCAUCAACUCCUUUGAGUUAGACUUGAUUUAAGGCUAAAAUCUUCUUCAUCACCAUUCCCGUAUUUUCUUCUUCUUUGGCCCCUUCCUCCCUAUCUACACUUUUUAGCCCUGCUUUCUUUGCUUCAUUGUGUUGAGGUGGUGCUAAAAUCUGCCAUGGAAUGGCUAUUUAUUUAUUGUUAUUUAUUUCCCUUUGUGUCAUAUCCUACCUAUGCCCCUUCCCUACCAAGUCCUUCAAAUCAUUUUGGAAGAGGUAUGAUUCUUCAAACAAAAAGUCCUAGGUACCCAAAUUCCAAAACGAGUCUGAAUGGGGGGGACAGGCACAAACCAACCCCUACUUGUAAACAAAGAGCAGUAGUGAGAGGUAUGGCAAACUGAUUCCUGACCUCAUUGUUACAGGCUUUAUAGUCUAUAAUCCUUUCUUGACACUACUCCUAGGCCAAUUGGUAAGGGUGGCUUUCUCAACAACCACUGAAAAUUCUGGGUUUUUUAUUUGGGAUUGUAUGCCACAAAAAGGUUAAGCCUAUUUCAAACAAUAAAGUAACCAAGUCUCUUCCCACAGAGGGAAGUCAAGGGUGAAGACUUAAACCCAAAGGCAAUACAUGUUGAAAAAUAGGAGCAAGUGAAAACACUUUAGCAAAUUCAGAAAUUAAAGCCCCUCCCUCCCUUCAACGAUGCUACAGUAUUUUCUUUUCUCCUCAAGAUUUCUCUUUCUCAGCUUUGUUCUUAAUUGAAAGUCAUGGGUAGGGUUACAGAAAGUUCACUAAGAAAAUACACUAAAAUCUCAAACUUUUUAACUGUUACUUUAUGACAGUCCCAUAGGGUUGGGAAAACAAGUUUUUAGCCUGUUGUCUUUAGCUCCAUCUGGUGAAUACAGUUUCAAUGGACCCCAGCUUCAACCCCUGUGGACUUACCAGACCAGUAGUCUCUAAUGCUUCAGGUACCUUGAGGGCAUAAAAUGAGCGGAUGGAUACCUUCUUCACACCCUGACACUUUAUCACACUAUCUUUGAGAAUUUUCCAUCCUUUCUCCAUUAUUGUUGCCCAUUUGUGCUGACAUUUCCUCACACAUCUAAUAAAGCUGAUUAAUUCAUACCUGAA